AUGAUCACCAUCAACAUUUUCGUCAGAAAUAUACGACCUAUCUUGACCAAUGUAGGUAAUUAUCCUACUUCGUUCUAAAAACCUGUAUAAAUUCUUUUCCAGAUACGAUUUGCAAGCAAGACAAGUCCAUUCGUCGAAAGUACCAAACUGGUAAGAAGCAGGGAAGUAAAGAUGGCGCCGAAAUAUCCGAGUUUUGCUGCUAAACGAAAAGGUUAGAAAAGAGUUCGGAUUGAAACCAAUUCGGUCAACUUCAGGCCAAGAAACACGUCAGCAGUUCGACUUUGUACUCGUUCUUGAUUUUGAAGCCACGUGCCAAGAGAACUCAAAAGGACCACUUCUUCCUGUCCAAGAAAUAAUCGAGUUUCCCGUGGUUCAGCUUUCGACGACAGAUUGGAAGGAAGUCCGCCGAUUUCAUCAGUAUGUACGGCCCAUAGAGUCUUCGAGGAUCACUUCUUUCUGUACUUCUCUGACCGGAAUCAUUCAGGUAAAUUUGAAAACUGUAAGAUUUAACUCACAUCAGAUAAUUAAGGAAAUGGUGGACGACAAGCCGACACUGCCAGAAGUUCUGGCGGAAUUUGACGAUUGGCUGAAAGAAGAUUCUCGCCUACAGGCAGACAACUUUGCUUUUGUCUCGUGCGGUGAUUGGGAUUUAGCAGUGGCACUUCCGAACGAAGCAAAAUUCAAGAAUAUUCCAAUUCCAGAGUACGAUUUUUUCCCACAGCGACAUUAUUUUUGAUACACUCAUUACAGAUACUUCACUCAAUGGAUAAAUGUGAAAAAAGCGUACGCAGAGCACACUAACCAGUUUGCAAAAGGAAUGGCUCAACUUUUGAAGAUAUAUGAUCUGCAGCAUCAGGUAAACUCCUUCUCAGGUGGUGCCUGUUCGCCUAUCUUGACCAAUUCAGGGACGUCAUCACAGCGGAAUCGAUGACGUAGCAAAUAUUUGCGAAAUCGUACGAUGCCUGGGAAGAGACGGCCACAACUAUAGGUGUGCUUUGUGUUUGUUCCUUUUUUGACUGUUCUUCUUUUAGAAUCACAAGUUCGAACCAAUCAGUCAGGACAGCAGGACGACCCAGAUUCUUCAGAGAUACGUCGAACAUAAAAGCAAUUUAA